UUUCAUUAUAUUUUAUAGUAUAGAGGAAGUAAGGGUUACUGAUAUUUAAUCUUAGGCCGUGUCUCAGCAAAAGCAAUUGAUGACGGCAACGCAACCGCGACGUAACGCGACAUGUAUUAUUAAAUUGACGUGUUCUCACAGGUCGCAACAGGACUGGAAAACAACGCAACAAUUUGAAAACUAUUUUUGAACAACUCGACGUGUCAGUCUCUUUUGUCUAGUUGCUAGUGUGAAUAGUUCGAUUUUGUUAUCGAUUUUGUGAAUAAUUCAAUUAUUUGAUUAUUACCUACUCUGGUUUAUAAUCAAUUUCAUAUUUUGUUAAUAAUUUAUUUAAAAUGGCAAAUGAACAAGAAGAAAAUAUGGCAUUCGUACAACUUAUAGAAAGUCACCCAUGUCUUUAUAAUGUAACAUCAUCUAAUUACACUCGACCAGACAUAAAAGAAAAAGCAUGGAACGACAUUUCAAAAAAAACGAACAAUUCUAUUCAAACAUGUAAAGAACGAUGGAAAAACAUAAGAACAGUAUUUCUACAUCAUUUACGACAAAAAGUACCAAGUGGAUCAUCGGGUGGUCUUAAAAAAAAAUAUUAUUUAGAAGAUGCCAUGCAAUUUAUAAUUCCAUUUGUUAAAAGUGGCAAGAAACAACAAGGAAAUAUAUCAAUAUCAUCGGAAUUGGAAAAGGACACUAACAUGGAAGAUAUUGAAGAGGAAUCAAAUGGUGAAAUAAUAGAAUCUGUUCAAGUACCAGGAUCAUCUGAAUUAUUGAGCAGUCAUCGAGAUAUAGCAGACGAUCACGAUAAAAUAGAACAUAGCGCAAAAAGUAUUAAAGUAAAUAGUAAAAUAAGUGAUGUUGAUAAUUGUUUCAUGGAAUACUUUGAAACAAAAAAGAAAAAAAUGUCAACCUCACCAGAAUAUGCAGAUCAAAAAUUUUUGUUGAGCUUACAACCGGAUAUACAACAAAUGAACCCCAUACAAAAAAGACAAUUCAAAAGGAAAGUUUUGGAUGUUAUCGGUUGUGUUUUAGAGGAUCAAGGUUCAUUAAAUUCAUCUAGUAAUUUAUGUUCCUCUAGUUAUUCUACAUUAUUGACAGUACCAGAGGCAAGAACUAGUCAUUCAAGUUCGUCUAGUUAUUCUACAUUAUCAACAGUACCAGAGGCAAGAACUGAUAAUACAGGUAAUCAAUAUCAACAAUUUGAUCCAGCUCAGAGUGGUUUUAAUAUUUUUUAA